AGAUGGAGAUCGUCAACAGCUGUGAGAGCAACAACGGAGGCUGCUCCCAUCACUGCCAGCACUCCACUGGUGGCCCUGUCUGCAGCUGUAACCAGGGUUACCGACUGGAGGAUGACCUCAAGACCUGUGUCGACCUGGACGAGUGUGGAGAGGGAAGUUCAUGCUGCGAGCAGGACUGUACCAACUACCCUGGGGGCUAUGAGUGUUACUGCUCAGCGGGCUACCGCCUCAACUCAGAUGGAUGUAGCUGUGAUGAUGUGGAUGAGUGUCUGGCGGCCAACGGUGGCUGUGAUCACACAUGCCAGAACACCGCCGGCUCCUUCCAGUGUUUCUGCCGCCAGGGCUUCCGUCUGGGCCAGGACCGACGCUCCUGUGAACUGCUGGGGAACACAGUUGAGGCCCUGUCUAGUGGGGGCCAGAAUAUUGUGGGGACCCUGGCUCAGCCCCAGCUCGCCCUGCUGCAGGACUACAACCAGCCCCUAGAGCGCUAUGAUGACUAUGAGGAUGAUGAUGCUAGAGAGCUGCUGGCUGAGAGCACGCUAGCAGAGAAAUUUGUGUGUCUGAACAACACGUUUGGCCAUGACUGCAGCCUGACCUGUGAGGACUGCUCUAACGGAGGGCUGUGUGGCCCAGGGAGAGAUGGAUGUCACUGUCCCGAUGGAUGGACAGGCCUCAUCUGCAACCAGACUUGUUCCGAGGGAUCCUUCGGCAAGAACUGCUCAUUCCCCUGUAAGUGUAAGAACGGAGCCACCUGUGACCCUGUCAAUGGGAACUGUCGCUGCCCACCUGGGGUCAGUGGAGACAUGUGCCAGGAUGGCUGUCCUAAGGGCUUCUAUGGGAAACAGUGCAAUAAGAAGUGUAACUGUGCCAAUAACGGGUGCUGCCACCGCACCUACGGAGCCUGUCUGUGUGACCCUGGACUCUACGGGAGGUUCUGCCAUCUACUGUGUCCCAAGUGGGCCUUUGGACCGGGCUGUUCCGAGGAGUGUGAGUGUGUCCAGCAGAACACUCUGGAGUGUCACCGUCGCCAUGGCACCUGCGUCUGCAAGCCCGGUUGGCAAGGCAACGCGUGCAGGGAAGAGUGUGACCCAGGCACGUUUGGCCCAGGCUGUGAGAACAAAUGUGAGUGCCCGCUUAGAGUGUCUUGUGAUCAUGUGACCGGGCAGUGCCAACGCCUGUGCCCGGCUGGUCGCCGUGGAGACAACUGUGAUCAAGACUGUCCAGAGGGGAGGUUUGGGCUAAGUUGCACUCAGGCCUGUGACUGCUCAGGGGCUCCAUGUGACAGAGUGAGUGGCCAGUGCCAGUGUCCUGCAGGAACAUCAGGAAAACGCUGUGAGAAUGUGUGUGUGAAGGGCUUCUGGGGUGCGGGAUGCCGUGAGGCCUGUCCAGCCUGUGAGAAUGGAGGAGUGUGUGACAAACACAACGGGACGUGUUCCUGCCCUCCUGGGUACAUGGGCAGGCUCUGUCAGAACUCAUGUCCGACGGGACGGUUUGGUGUUGGAUGCCAGCUGCGCUGCCUGUGUGAAAACAGCGGGCGCUGCCACCCAGUCACGGGCCGUUGCACCUGUGCUCCUGGCUGGGCUGGAUACAACUGCAGGAAAGCAGCCUGUGAUGCCAGGCACUGGGGGGUGGACUGUGCUGAGAAAUGUGACUGUAAGGAUGGUGAUGGGAGCUGUGAUGCGGCGACGGGCCAGUGUAACUGUGAGGCCGGCUACACCGGGACACAAUGCUAUGACAAGUGUCCCGCGGGCUAUUUUGGGCUAGGCUGUCUGCAUCACUGUCAGUGUGACAACAAAGGGACAUGUGACCAUGUGAGCGGAGCCUGCACCUGUCUGGUGGGCUGGACUGGAACCUUCUGUGAGAAACCCUGUCCCCAGGGCUUCUAUGGGUUGGACUGCCAGGAGAAGUGUGUGUGUGUGAACGGAGGUCACUGCAGCCAUGUCACUGGGGUGUGUGUGUGUCCUGCAGGGUGGAUUGGUCCUACCUGCAACCUGACAUGCCAGGCUGGUUUCUACGGGGAGAGCUGCAGCCAAACCUGCGGUUGCCAUAACAAUGGUAGCUGCCACCCGGCGAGCGGGCAGUGUGUGUGUACACCAGGCUGGACAGGGCCAAGCUGCUUACAGGAAUGCCCAGUAGGCUUCUAUGGAACAGACUGCUGCCAGCGUUGCCUGUGCCAGAAUGGAGCCACGUGUGACCGAAUCAGUGGGCACUGUAUGUGUGCCAGCGGGUGGAUGGGCGCAGCCUGUGAGCUAGAGUGUGGAGCGGAGCAGUUUGGGGCCGACUGCCAGAAGCAGUGUCAGUGUGAGAACGGGGGACAGUGUGACAGACAGACGGGCAAGUGCACCUGUAGUCCUGGCUGGGUCGGAAAGCGCUGUGAAAAAGCCUGUGGGUCAGGCCUGUUUGGAGCUAGCUGUGAAGAGAGCUGUCAGUGUGAAAAUGAAGCCUCCUGUCACCACGUCACCGGGCACUGCCUGUGUCCACCGGGUUGGAGGGGACCCCUUUGUGACAAAACCUGUCUUCCUGGUACCCAUGGCAAGGGCUGUGUGCAACGCUGCACCUGUCCCCAGGGUACUUCCUGUCACCAUGUCUCUGGGGAGUGUGGCUGUCCCCCUGGAUUCACUGGCAAUGGCUGUGAACAAACCUGUCUAUCAGGGACAUAUGGGCUCAACUGUAACCAGGUGUGCCAGUGUUCUGAGACCAACCAGCUCUGCCACCCAGUGACUGGGUUUUGUUACUGUGCCCCAGGCUUCCAGGGUCCAAAAUGUAACCAAGGGUGUGUGGAAGGUCGGUAUGGUCCCAACUGCGAACGAGAGUGUCAGUGUCAAAACGGGGGGAAGUGCAGCUCCACCACUGGCACCUGUGAAUGUACAGCAGGGUUCAUCGGAGCACACUGCAACAUCACAUGCCUAGCGGGACGUUAUGGGCAUGAUUGCGCCCGCGUGGUGCUGUGUGGAGAGGGGGCACAGAAUGAUCCUGUCAAUGGUAUAUGUCACUGCAGCUCUGGACAAAGAGGAGAGGACUGUGGACAAGGCUGUGCUCCUGGAUGGUUUGGGGGGGACUGUGCUCAGCGCUGUAACUGCAGUAACGGAGGACUGUGUGACUCUGUCUCUGGAAGCUGUACCUGUGGUCUGGGCUGGACCGGGCCUCACUGUGAUACAGAAUGUCCUCCAGGGACGUUUGGAGCUAACUGCCAGCUGAAGUGUGACUGCCGGAACAACGGAACCUGUGACAGAUUGACAGGAACCUGCCUGUGUAUCCCAGGAUACUAUGGACGUCAGUGUGAAAAUGCAUGCCCCCCUGGUCUCCAUGGCCCUCUGUGCCAGCUCCAGUGUGACUGUCUGAAUGGGGCGUCCUGCCACCCCUCCACAGGCCUCUGUGUGUGUCCCCCUGGGUACCACAGCUCCCGCUGUCACAGAGAGUGUCACCAGGGUAGGUUUGGUGUGAACUGUGCCAAAUCAUGUGACUGUGUGGAGGGCACACCCUGUGACCCUGUGAGUGGCAGGUGUCUGUGCACCUCAGGGAAGACUGGACCCAGAUGUGACAUUGACUGCAAAGCAAACCGCUAUGGGCCAGACUGCACAGAGAGGUGUGAGUGUGACAACGGGGCUUAUUGUGACCAUCGGAACGGACGCUGUACCUGUCUCAACAGCUGGAUCGGACUCACCUGUCAGGAAGGUGGGCCUCCACGCCUCCCCUACAGAAGCAGGAGGGAGGAUAACACACAUCUGGACAAUAACGCAUUAUAGCUCCCCCUUUUGGUUGAAGGCUCCAAUCCCCUUAACGAGACUGAGGCAGCAGCACAAGCUUCACUGAAGCCGAACUGAAGUGGAUUAAAAGUGUGGAUAUUAUUAUUUCAGACAUACACACCCCAACAAAAGAGGAUAUUGCUGCACCCACAGUAGCUGGAUGACAGACAUAGAGAAAUAGACUCUCAGGGGAAGUUUGCUCUGGGGUGGAUAAUGCUUUGGUGUGCGUGCGUAUCUGUGUUUUGAAGAGUGAAGAGUUUUUCAUUGUGUGUGUAGUAUAUAUGUACGGUGCCCACUCAGGCAUGGCCUGACUCAUCAGUGAUGAGGUCCUGGAUGUUGUGACCUCCUUCUGGUAGUUAGAGGGAGGUCAGGUGUUACCAGGACUACCCUCCUCUGCACACUCCUAUCCUGGACAAAGAACCUACGGUAUAUAGGAGAUGUGUGUGGAGAUGGGCUAAAUGUCCAACACUAACACAUUCUUGAUUUCAGAGAUCCACUGAUUCACUCUGCUGUUCUUGAGAUAUUUGUUUUGUAUACUUGGCAAUGUUAAAAUAUUUAAUGUUUAUUUUUUUUGUAAUUUCCCCCUGGAAUUUUUAUGGAAUUUGUGCAUAUACCAUAUACAGUGGCUUGUGAAAGUAUUCACCCCCUCUGAAUUUUUCGUAUAUUGUUGCCUUACAACCUGGAAUUAAAGUAGAUUUUGGGGGGGUUUGUAUCA